CACAAUUAAAAAUUUAUAGCAUGAUUUCCAAAAUACCUCUUAGAUUGUUAAGUACCAUCAAACCAAUGAAUGUGACAAGAGUUUUUGCUCCAUUCUGCACCUAAUUGGAAAAGGUUAAUAAAAGUAUACAACCAAUUAAUAAAAUAGCUGGAUAAAAAUUAGUGAAAAUCGUAGAGAAAGAAUUGAAAUACGAAAAAACCAAUUAUGUUGAGGAUGAUACAGCUAUUCAAUUUGUGGAGAAGGCUGGUUUCUAAUUGAUUGACAGCGAUAGCAAUCAUGAAGUCACAUUGGAAAAAAAAGUAGGUGAUGUCAAAGUCAUUGUCCAAUUCCAAUAAAGACAACCAAAUACAGAUGAAGCAGAUGAGGAAGAACCAGAAGAAUAAAAUAACAAAUAGUAAAAUCAAGAGGAAGAAGAACAAUAAGAAUCACAAAAUGAUUAUGCUGACUUCACAGUUUAUCUAUAAAAGAGCAAUGGAUAAAUCUUAUGCUAUGAAUGUACUACAUCAUAAGGAGAAGUAAACAUUUAUAAUAAUCCUAUUAGGUUAAUGUUAAUUUAGUAAGUUUGAUUAAGGACUUAGAGGCCCAUAAGAAAAUUCCAAGAUUUGAAAGAGGAUUGUAAGAUUAUUCAGGUCCAGAUUUCAUCACUUUAGAUGAGGUUAUUAUAAUAGUUAUUUUUUAGAGAUUACAAUUGGCUUUGGUAGACUAUUUGAAAGGAUUUGGAAUCAACGAUGAAUUGGGAGCAUUCAUUGAACAUUAUUCAUUGGAUAAGGAACAAAGAUUGUAUAUCUAAUGGUUGGACUCAUUGACAACAUUCUUGAAGAAUUGAAGAAAGUUAUUCAUUCGUUAUUGUAUAAUAAUU